GGCACAGAGUCAAACAAAUACUACAACAACUCCACAUCCGUUGUCGUGGUCUUGUGUGCCGAUGUGGGCGUCGAGAAACAAGACCGGAUGAUCUACGCCAUCUGGCAACUGGCCAGUUUGUUCGUCAUCCCAACUGGCAUCCUUCUCUUCUGCUACGUCAGAGUCAUCUGCAUUCUUUGGCUGAGCACCCGGCAACUGCAGACAAUGACGUCACCCAGCAGAUUUGGACCACGACGGACAGAUCAAUCCAAAAACUUGACCCUUAGAAACGGAAGUUCGUCAACCAGGGUCAGGUCAAGUCCAUGUUUGCGGGCGGGGGAGGAGGCUUUACAAGCUAGAAAACAGGUCAUUAAAAUGUUGAUUAUCAUCAUCUUGGUGUUUCUCAUCUGCUGGGGUCCCAAGCUGAUCGUUCAGGUCAUGAAGAAGUUCCACGCUUCAGUUUUAUACACACGGCCAGCAUUUAUAGUCAUUCUGGUCAUCAGUUGCCUGCCUUACUUCCAGUCAUGCAUUAACCCUCUCAUCUACUUCAUGAUGUCCAAAAACAUCCGGCAAAGUAUCCGACACAUCGUCUGCUCACACGCCACCUGCAAGCGCUGUUCCCGCCGCCAACUACCGGAGUCUCCAACACAUGAGCUCAUACAAACCAACCAGAGCCACGCAGCAACAACAGUGGACUACUAUAGAAGUUUUGGCAACCACAAACCAACAGCUCACUUAUGA